AAUAUGGCGUCACUGGCAGAAGUUUUACGUCAAGUCGACGACAUAAUCCGUUUACGGCCACUAACCUUUACAGGGAAACGUCUGCACAAACAAAUCUGACUGGGAAAAAAAGGCACAACUUCACCUGCUGAUAACAAAAAAAAAAAAAGAAAGAAAGGAGGGAGAGGUUUGGACAGCAGACAUCCUCUCCUCAUCCCGCUGUGCUUGUCGUCACUUCGCUCCAGUUUGUUAUGGAGAGAUAAGGGUGUCUCAUUUUACGCACAGCGAAGAGAGGCUGGAUGGAAGAAACAGGCAAGCCAACAAUGCGAGGACGUUGCAGGAGGAAGUGGCGCUAAUCUGAAAGUAAGAUGAAAGGAAAAGAGCAUCAGAAGUCAAAUCCAGGGUCCUGUUUUCCGCUGAUUUACUCCACUCAGCUACAUUCAGACACCAUGAAGGCUGAUGCAGAGCAAACUUUAACUGCACUGACUGUUAAUCUUUCAUAUUCUUGAAUGGGACGAAUCUUUGAAUGUGCAAGGACAUUUGGACUAUGAUGCUCAGUCCUGACCAGCAGGAACCCGACCUCCCCUGGGGACAAACGGACAGAGAAACCCUUCUGAACACUCUCAGUGCGCAGCGUGGCGCCAUUCCGGCCACGUCCAUGGAUGGAGACGGCAAAGCGCGCUCCGGGGAGGAGAGGAGACGCAGGAGGCGCGCCACGGCUAAAUAUCGGUCUGCGCAUGCCUGCAGGGAGCGGAUCCGCGUCGUGGCCUUCAACGUGGCUUUUGCAGAACUAAGGAAGCUGCUGCCUACCCUCCCACCAGACAAAAAGCUGUCCAAGAUUGAAAUCCUGCGACUCGCGAUCUGUUACAUCUCCUACCUCAACCACGUGCUGGAUGUUUAGGACGGACUGCUGCACAGCUGAAGAUGAGCUGAAGGUGGGAUGACAACCAGGACAGGGUUUCUAAAGAUGUCUACACGGAUAUCAUAACCUGUGCAUCCCAUGACUAAUCUAUCACGUUGUUUUUUCCUUAUGGGAAUCAGUUUAUUGAAACUAAACGUCAGCAAAAGGAUGAAAUAAUUGAAAUAUUAUAAAAAUUUCUGUAUGUGACAUCUGUGAGCCAAACUACUAAAACAUCACAAUGUUUGAUCUUGAAUUUGCUGCCUUGUGUUUACUGGUUGCACCAAUUUGUAAAUGUAUUUAUUUUAAAUUGCAAAAAGUAUUCUGGUAUUUUGUGUGUUCCAAGUUACAUUUGAAAUCCAUAUGUUGGAAAAGCUUAAAAACGAAAUAUUUUCCUCAUA